UCGCUGUUCCUUCAGCUGCCAGACAGUUCAGUCAGUAUAAUUUCCAUGAAUAAAAAAGUGCAGUAGUGAUUUCAACUAUUGGAAUACGUGAAAAAUUGAUUUUUAUAUAGUAAGAGUUAACAACAGAAUCCAGCAGAAUGGAUGAUUUGGAAGAUCAACUGUCUGAGGAACUGAAAUCGAAAAGGAUAUGUCGAUUCUGUCUGACCCAACAAGAACCAUUGAGUGAUAUAUUUUCCAGCAAUCCGACGAUUAGUCGUAGUGGCGGUGGCUCUAAAUCGAAAACAACGCCUCUGACGCUACAGAUUAUGGCUUGUGUAUCAAUUGAGGUUUACAAGGACGACGGUAUGCCGAGCACAAUUUGUGAUAAUUGUCGCCAUUUGAUGGAUCAUUCAUAUAAUUUCAAACAGAUUUGUAAGAAAGCCGAUACAUUGCUCAAGUCGUACCCAUUAACCGGUGUUUGGCCGGAUAAGCUUGAUGUUCCAGUUAAUUUGUUUAAAAAUGCUUAUACGGCUCCUGCAAGCAGUAAAACACUGCCGGUGACAAUCCGCAAAGUGGAAGUUUCAUCAGACACAGUGAAAAUGUUGAAUAAAAAGCAGGUUCCGGCAAUUAAAACGACGCCUCCAGAAUUUCAAAGGAAGAUUUCCAAUCAACCUUCGCUUGUGAUUGAGCCACAAGUCAAUCAGGAAGAAGCAGAUGAUGAAGAAGAAAUAGAAGGUGAAGAAGAUGAACACGUGCGGUCAGAACACGAAGAAGAUAUAAAACCUAAAAUCGUUAAGCUGAGCAUUGAAGAUUUGAGGAAAAUUAAGCAAGGCAAGCCGAUCAAUAAAGCGCAGUUGAUUAAAAAGUCUCCUGGACACAUGACUAAUGUGGAAUCUAAUCCGAAGUCGAAGGUUCCUUCUACACGUGCGGUCUCUGCCCCGGUAAAGAUCAUAAACGGAACACUCAAUACCAACAGGAAACCCGUUCUUUUGAAUAGCCUUAAGCCGACUAAGAAAACGGAAGAGCACUUUGUGCACACUCCAGAAGGAACCCUGGAGAUCAUUUCGAUGGAAACACCCGAAGCGGAACUUAUUAAGAAUGCUGUCCAAGUUGAAACGAACGUUUUUCCAUGUACUGAGUGUGAGCGAUCGUUUCCUUUGCGUCAAUUGUUGGAGAUUCACAUGCAAAAUCACGGUCGUGAACGGAACCAUCCGUGUGAAAUGUGCGACAAACGAUUCUUCAGCAAAUACGAUUUGGCAAAACACAACCUGACCCACACCGGAGAACGUCCGUAUGUGUGUGUAAUCUGCAAAUCUGCAUUUUCGAGAUCAACCCUGCUGACUCGUCACCAGAGAAUUCAUCGAGACCAACCGAAAUACUUGUGUAUGUACUGCAACCGCACGUUCCUGUCCGACGAAGAGUUGAAAAAACAUUCUGAGAAUCAUCAGAAGAAACGACCAUUCCCGUGUCAAAAAUGUCCGAAAACUUUUGCAUACAAACAGGGACUGGAACGCCACGAAGUCACACAUGAAACGAAUCUCCCAUUCCCCUGUGAACACUGCGAUCUCUCCUUCGCAUCGGCUGGCAAAUUGGCACGGCAUUUGACGGCUCACGCCGGAAGUCGGCCUUAUCCGUGUCGAUUAUGUUCAAGAUCUUUCAUGCUGAGCCAUCAUCUUACGAGACAUGUUCGAUCGCAUAGAGGCGGUCAAGGCGCCUACAAGUGUAACGAUUGCUCGAACGUGUUCAACAGUCAGGACGAUCUUAUAUAUCACUCAGCAGUACAUGCUACUACCAGUCUGACGUGCCCGCUGUGCCGGGAUCAUUUCGAAACUGUAGAACUGGUUACCGAACAUAUUAAGCAGCACUCGAUGGGUGCCCAAUUUGCAUGCGACUAUUGUGACUUACUAUUCACAAGUGAACAGCGCCUGGAUACACACUGUCAGGAGGAACACUUGUCCGUGCUAGCAAUGGAUCGCACAGAUUGCGAGCAAAACGGUAGCAUCGAGUCUUCUCAAUCAUUUGAACAGGUUAUCAUUGAGAACAUUGUUAUUGGCAAGGAUGGCAGCAAAACAAUAACAACCAUAGUGGACGGUCAGGACAAUGACGAAAGACAUGAACCGGGUAUGCCGAUUAAAAGUGAAAUAUUUCUGGAAAACGCUGUGCUAGCGGCCCAGCAAGACGAAUAUCUAGACGAAAAUAUGGAAGAAGAGGAACAAUUCGAUGAACAAGAUUUCUACUACGAAAAUGAAGAAAUUGUAGAACAAGCACCAACGCAGGUUGAACCAUCCAUGUCAAAAACUACAACCGUACCGAAAAAUAAAAAUACGAUUUCAUCUAGUGAGCAACGGAAAUCCUCGCCACCAAAACCAAUUGCUUCCAAACCUGUCGUGGUAUCCAGCUCAACAAAAACCACUCAACAGAAAUUGGAUUCUUUCUUGAAAAAAACCAAACAAGAAUCGACGAAAAGUGUCGGCGAUGUGCUCAAAAGUUUACCAAAAAGUGUGGUAGUUAAAAAACCAGCAAUUUCCUCCAACUCUGUUUCUGUGGAAAAGAAAGUUGGGUCUGAGAAUUUGGUUGCCGCCAAAACUACAUCUGCCAAGACCGUGCCAGCUCAAACUGUUACUCAGAAAAAACUCCCCGUAGUUUUAUCACCCAGUAAGGAAAGUCAGCAGAAAUCACCCCCGAAACAAAUGAAAACUUAUUCGGAAAAACAGCCACCGCCUAAAUCUGACUCUAGAACAGGAACCAAACGUGUGCAUGAGGACGAUUCCAAGGCGCUUCCCGCUGCCAAAAGGCAGGCCGUUGAAGUCAAGAAACAACCGGCUAGUGGUGGAUCGAGCAGUAACACGAAAACGCUAGCUAAACCCGUUGUCAAAUCAAAUGAAGUGGACUCUGGGCCAGUGAAAAAAAGCAAAACAUUCGAGAUGAAAAUUGGCAACAAAAUGGUAAAAGUACAGAAGGUUGUCAUGACAAAGGCUGAAGUGGCUGCCAUGGCUCGCGAUGGAAAAAUAGAAAUGCAAGGAGAUACUAUGAUAUUGAAGCAACCAAGAACAAAGAAAUAAUAUUGACUAGCAGUAUUAUUCUAAGCUAAAACGAUGGAAAUUCACAUAAUUUUAGUUUAUUUGUUAACUAAUAAACAUUUUAAAGCACUGUAAAUGUA